GGGGGGGGGGGGGGGGGGCAUUGACCGGUUUUUCAUAUCGGGCGGUAUAGUUAUAGGCAGCCCUACGCCCGCCCCUGUCCAGUCUUGCCCUCUCGUACAUUGCAUCCUCACGGAACCAACUCAGCAACUCUCCAAAAUGCCACCAACACUCAAACCCCUCCGCCCCUGCCACAUUCUCAUAGCCGGCAGCGGCAUCGCGGGCCUAACGCUAGCCCUAACUCUCGAAACGCACGGGAUCCCCUACACGCUCCUCGAAGCGUACCCGGAGAUAAUCCCAAAGUCCGGCGCGGGCAUCUGUCUGCUCCCCAAUGGAUUGCGCAUUCUCGAUCAGUUGGGCUGCUAUGAGGAUUUGAUUGAGCGCAUCGGUGGGCGCGAUGCUUGUAUGCAGAAUGUGUAUGUGCGCGACGAGGCGGGAAGGGCGUUGCAUGUUUCUGAUGGGUGGGGGGAGACUAUGGUUGGGAGAUGGGGCUACCCCGGCCUCUGGUGCGACCGCUCCACGAUCCUACAAACAAUCUACGACCACAUCGUCGACAAAUCGCGACUGCUGACGGGCAAGCGAGUGGCCAGUACGCGGCAUCUUGAGGGUAGCGUCGAGGUCACCACGACAGACGGGUCGGUCUACACGGGCGAUAUCCUCGUUGGCGCAGACGGGACACACUCGCGGGUUCGAGAGGAGAUUGUCCGGUAUGCGAAUGAGAUUGGGGCUGGGGAAGAGUAUGAUGAUGGUGACCAAGUCUCAGCGACAUACGCCUGCCUCUUCGGUCUCUCCACCACGCCCUCUCCCUCAACAUCCCCCUCAAGCUCCACACCCAAAUCCCUCCCAAAAGGCCUCCUAGGCUGGAACCUCGGCCACAACUACUCAUACGUUCUCGGGACAGGCCCACCAGAUCGAACCUACUGGCUCCUCUCAAUCCACAUGGGGAAAACAUACCAGGGCACCGAAAUCCCACACUUCACAGAAGAAGAUAAGGAGCGGAUUGUGCGCGAGCACUGGGAUGAUCCCGUUACUGAGGAUCUGCGCAUGCGCGAUUUGUACGAGAGCAGACUGCAUGUGGUUGUUUCGCCGCUCAGGGAGGUUGUGUAUAAGCGGUGGGAUUGUGGGAGGAUGGUUGUUUUGGGGGACGCGGCGCACAAGAUGCUCCCCAUCAUAGCCCAAGGCGGAAACCAAGCCAUCGAGACCGUCGCGGCAUUUACGAACGAGCUUGUCGAUGCCCUCUCCUCACCUCCAUCCUCAUCACCAUCACCAACCCCCCUCUCCCGACCCGAAAUAACCACCCUCCUAACUACUCUCCAAGCCACACGCACCGCCCGCCUUGCAGCCAUAAUCGAAAUGGGCCAGCAGCGCCAGAAGAUGGACGUGCUGCUGACGCCCGAGUUGGAGAAGCUCAUGCUGAACAAGUUCCCAGCUCUGAUGCCGGGCGCGUUGGUUAAGCGGUGGGAUCAGUCGUUGCCCGGGGCGGUUUCGUUGAAGUGGUUAGGGAGGUCGGGGAGGGGGGGUGUUGUGCCGUAUGAGGAUGAGGUUGGGGAGGAGGUUGGGGAGGGGAGGAAGAAAGGGCAGGAGGGUAUUGCGAAGAUUUAG